UUUGGCUGCUGGCCCUUUAAGCCGGUGCGGAAGUAACCCGCGGAGUUGCUGCAAGUCGGUGGAAGGUCAGGUCUUCCCUUCGGUUGAUUCCAACGCUGCUCUUUUAAAAAAGCAACACGACUUUCGGGUUCGGCAGCCGUUCACCACCAACGACGACGCUUGACGUUUUCUGCCUACAGCGCUGCUGGAGUGGAUGACAGCCGCGACGCCCGUCACUUCGCUCCGCGGGGGGAAAGGAAAUUGAUUUGAGGCGUUUGCGUUAAACCCUUCCUGGGGUAUAUUCGUUUCAUCGCUCCGUCCGUCCCGAUGUCUGGGUCCAAGUGCACGCGGCUGAGCGGGGCGCUCGUCAAGCAGCUGCUGGACUCCGUGGACAGCGUCCUGUUCGACUGCGACGGGGUCAUCUGGCGGGGGGACCAGGUCGUGCCCGGCGCCCCCGAGGUCAUCAACCUGCUGAAGGAAAACGGGAAGAAGGUCUUCUUCGUCACCAACAACAGCAGCAAGACGAGGAAGAUGUACGCCGAGAAGAUGUCCGCGAUGGGCUUCGCCGUGACGGAGGACGAGGUGUUCGGCACGGCGUACUGCUGCGCCAUGUACCUGAGGACCGUGUGCAAGCUGCAGGGCAAAGUCUACCUGGUCGGCAGCGCGGCGAUGGAGCAGGAGCUGGAGGCGGUGGGCAUCCAGCAGACCGGGGUGGGACCGGACCACGUCUCCGGGAGGCCGGCCGACUGGGCCAACGUGCCGCUGGACCCCGAGGUGAAGGCGGUGGUGGUCGGGUUCGAUGAGCACUUCAGUUACAUGAAGCUGAACAGGGCCCUGCAGUACCUGACCCAGCAGGGCUGUCUGUUCGUGGGGACCAACAGGGACACCAGGCUGCCCCUGGAGGGGGGCAAGGCUGUCCCAGGUACGGGCUGCCUGCUGCAGGCGGUCGAGACGGCGGCCCAGUGCCAGGCCCAGACGGUGGGCAAGCCCAACCACUUCAUGUUCGACUGCGUGGCCUCGCAGUUCGGCGUGGACCGCGACCGCUGCCUGAUGGUGGGAGACCGCCUGGACACGGACAUCAUGCUGGGCUCCAACUGCGGCCUGAAGACCCUCCUCACCCUCACGGGGGUCAGCACCGUGGCGGAGGCCGAGGCCCACCAAAAGAGCGGCUGCGCCGAGAGGCAGGGCAUGGUGCCGGAUUAUUACGUGGAGAGCAUCGCCGACCUCCUUCCGGCCCUGCAGGGAUGAGCGCACAGCAGGGAGGUGCUGCGUUGUUAGCCUAUAGCUGCUGUAAACCUGGGUAGCGUAUCACUUGCCGUGGUCCACUGUCACAGAAAUUCAAAUCAUCCUUAACGUCCCCACUGCCGUGUGGCAGACGCAACAAAGACUCUAGAGACACUAUCCAGAUUUUAGCAGUACUUCUUUUUUUUUGUCGUUUACUCAACCGUUAUUAAAACCUGCACAUAUAAAGUAAAAGAUUUAUAACAUAAAGAAGUGAUUUCCAGUAUUGUCUCAAUGUGAUUUUAAGUGUUAAAGAGUGUCGCUAAAGGGAGAUGCGUGUGUUCCUUAUUUUUCUUUGAGUGAGAAGAGAGGUGCGUGUACUGUAAAGGCCCUUUCCCUGUGCACCAGUCAAACUCAAGAAGUGGAAUAAGCAAACGUGAGGUUUCAGUAGUUCAGUGAUAUCAUUGUGUUCAGAUUCAUGAAUAGCAGGCAGAGAAUGGGUCUAAAACACGCUGACCCCUUGUGACUUGAGCUUUUUGUGUUGCUUUGUGUAUUUCAACACCUCAACACAUAUCUGCCUUUUUAGAUUCAUGGGAUGGUGCAAUGAUACCCAGUCCUGUUUUUUUUUUUAUGUCUGUCAUGUCAAUUGUUAAUGAAACAGAAUGACAUUAAUGUCUUCUUUUUAACCAUCCACUUUCUGGAACAGUGUCCCUCUAUAACUCCCAGAAAACACUGCCUCACGUCUGUAAUAAAACAUAAACUGUAUUCACUA